CCCUCCGGGAGCCUUUUCCCCCCGCCGCCCGGGGGCGGUGGUGGCGGGGCGGGACCAGGGGCGGCCCCGGGCAGGUCCCCCUGGAGCGGCGGCGGGAGCGGCGGAGCGGAGAUGCCGUACCUGCUCAUUAGCACCCAAAUCCGCCUGGAGGCUGGGCCCACCAUGGUGGGCGACGAGCACUCAGAUCCCCACCUGAUGAGUAUCCUGGGGGCCACAAAGAGGAGCACGCUGGGGAACAACUUCUGUGAGUACUACGUGAACGACGCUCCGCGCGUGGUCCUGGACAAGCUGGAGAGCCUCGGCUACCGCGUGGUCAGCAUGACCGGCGUGGGCCAGACCCUGGUCUGGUGCCUCCACAGGGAAUAGCCAGGGAGAAUCCUGCGUUCCACCCGGACAACAUCCUGCUGGAGAUCAUCUUACAGGACUGGCAGCAAACUUUCCCCCCUUAAUUCCUUCCUGCCCCAGACUCCAGGCACUCAGGCAGGGGGAGGAAUGGCGCAGAGGCAGAGCUGGACCCAGUGGAAUUUUGCCAUCCCUGUUCUGUUUCCCAAGAGCAGGGGGAGGAAGGUAUGCCCAGAAUCUAGCAGAGGGGACAGAUGGCUCCAGCUCUGCCUUCAGUGGGAUGGCAGUCUGGCAAAUUCCAUCUUUUUACAUUUUAAUCACGUAUUCAGCAUGCCCUGGAGGAAGCUCAGUAACAGCCCUGUUUGCCUCCUGCCCAGGGUGCCCUGGAGAGCUCCAUGCCUUCUCCUGGGCCAGGGGGUUAGGGAGGGACAGCAAGCAUGGACACCAUCCCAUCUCAUCCCUGAAAUCCAAGAGGGAACCACUAAGCCUACUUCCAGUGCUUUGAGAAUCCCUUCCCUUGGCAGCAAGGCCUGCUUCCAUCUCAGCAGCACCACCAAACUUUCAGAUCCCAGACUGCCUUCCAAGCCUAACACAGGAUUCCCAAAAUUACACAGAAAGUGUUCUUGUGUGACUAUUCCAGGUGCAGGCUCUAAUCCCAGCACUGCUGGAAUGUUUGGGACUGUGCAUGGAUUCUGCUGUGGGGGUAACACCAAUAAAACAUUGCUCCAAAGAGACCAAUGUCCUUCUGUGGGUUGUUUAAAGCUGUUGCCAGAUCCCUCUGGAUGCAUGGCUCCUGAACAAGCUUUCAGGAAUUAAAAGCUCCAAGGUUUGGUGUUCUGAUGGCACCUCUCACACCUUGUCCCAUGGGAUGGGGCAGCUGUUCUGGGCACACACACUGACAGGGUAACACCUGCACUCUGUGAACCUCAGGCAGCCAUUCCUUCCCCAGACCUGGAAAGGGAUAAGGGCCGCAGUCCCUGGGAGUU